UCGAAGCAAAGAGCCCGCUGGGGAAGAUGAGCAGCAUUGGCUGGCAAACACUGUCCCUGUCGCUGGGGUUAGUGUUGUCGAUUUUGAACAAGGUAGCGCCGCAGGCGUGCCCGGCCCAGUGCUCCUGUUCAGGCAGCACGGUGGACUGUCAUGGGCUGGCACUGCGCAGCGUGCCCAGGAAUAUCCCCCGCAACACCGAGAGACUGGAUCUGAACGGAAAUAACAUCACAAGGAUCACGAAGACAGAUUUUGCUGGUCUCAGGCACCUCAGAGUUCUUCAGCUCAUGGAGAACAAGAUCAGCACCAUCGAGAGGGGAGCAUUCCAGGACCUUAAGGAGCUGGAGAGAUUGCGUUUAAACAGAAAUAACCUUCAGUUGUUUCCUGAGCUGCUCUUUCUCGGGACUGCGAAGCUCUACCGGCUUGAUCUCAGUGAAAAUCAAAUUCAAGCAAUUCCAAGGAAAGCUUUCCGUGGGGCAGUUGACAUUAAAAAUUUGCAACUGGAUUACAACCAGAUCAGCUGCAUUGAAGAUGGAGCAUUUAGAGCUCUAAGAGAUCUAGAAGUACUCACACUCAACAAUAACAAUAUUACUAGACUUUCAGUGGCAAGUUUCAACCAUAUGCCUAAACUUAGGACAUUUCGACUCCAUUCAAACAACUUGUACUGCGACUGCCACCUGGCCUGGCUCUCGGACUGGCUUCGCCAAAGGCCUCGGGUGGGCUUGUACACUCAGUGUAUGGGCCCAUCCCAUCUGAGGGGACAUAAUGUAGCAGAGGUUCAAAAACGAGAAUUUGUCUGCAGUGAUGAGGAAGAAGGUCACCAGUCAUUCAUGGCUCCCUCUUGCAGUGUUCUGCACUGUCCUGCUGCCUGUACCUGUAGCAACAAUAUUGUAGACUGCCGAGGGAAAGGCCUCACCGAGAUCCCCACAAAUCUUCCUGAGACCAUCACGGAAAUACGUUUGGAACAGAACUCCAUCAGGGUCAUCCCUCCUGGAGCUUUCUCACCAUAUAAAAAGCUCAGAAGAAUUGACCUCAGCAAUAAUCAGAUCUCUGAGCUUGCCCCAGAUGCCUUCCAAGGACUGCGCUCUCUGAAUUCACUUGUCUUGUAUGGAAAUAAGAUCACAGAACUCCCAAAAAGUUUAUUUGAAGGACUAUUUUCCUUACAACUACUAUUAUUGAAUGCCAACAAGAUAAAUUGCCUUCGGGUAGAUGCUUUUCAGGACCUUCACAACUUGAACCUACUCUCCUUAUAUGACAACAAGCUUCAGACUGUUGCCAAGGGCACCUUCUCAGCUCUCAGAGCCAUCCAAACUAUGCAUUUGGCCCAGAACCCUUUCAUUUGUGACUGCCAUCUCAAGUGGCUAGCGGAUUAUCUACACACCAACCCAAUUGAGACCAGCGGUGCCCGUUGCACCAGCCCCCGCCGCCUGGCUAACAAAAGAAUUGGACAGAUCAAAAGCAAGAAAUUCCGUUGUUCAGCUAAAGAACAGUAUUUCAUUCCAGGCACAGAAGAUUAUCGAUCAAAAUUAAGUGGAGACUGCUUUGCAGACUUGGCUUGUCCUGAAAAGUGUCGCUGUGAAGGGACCACUGUAGAUUGCUCCAAUCAAAAACUCAACAAAAUCCCAGACCAUAUUCCACAGUACACAGCGGAGCUGCGUCUCAAUAAUAAUGAAUUCACAGUGUUAGAAGCCACGGGAAUAUUUAAGAAACUUCCUCAGUUACGUAAAAUCAACUUUAGCAACAAUAAGAUCACCGAUAUCGAGGAGGGAGCAUUUGAAGGCGCAUCUGGUGUGAAUGAACUUCUUCUCACCAGUAAUCGUUUGGAAAAUGUUCAGCAUAAGAUGUUCAAAGGAUUGGAAAGCCUCAAAACAUUGAUGCUGAGAAGUAAUCGAAUAAGCUGUGUUGGAAACGACAGUUUCAUAGGACUUGGCUCUGUGCGUCUGCUUUCCUUAUAUGACAAUCAAAUUACUACAAUUGCACCAGGGGCAUUUGAUACUCUCCAUUCCUUAUCUACACUAAACCUCUUGGCCAAUCCUUUCAACUGUAACUGUCACCUGGCAUGGCUGGGAGAAUGGCUCAGAAAGAAAAGAAUUGUAACAGGAAAUCCUCGAUGCCAAAAGCCCUACUUCCUCAAGGAAAUCCCCAUCCAGGAUGUAGCCAUUCAGGACUUCACCUGUGAUGAUGGGAAUGAUGACAACAGUUGCUCUCCGCUCUCUCGUUGUCCUUCGGAGUGUACUUGCCUGGAUACAGUCGUCCGAUGUAGCAACAAGGGCCUGAAGUUCUUGCCGAAAGGUAUUCCAAGAGAUGUCACAGAGCUGUAUCUGGAUGGGAACCAGUUUACACUGGUCCCCAAGGAACUCUCCAACUACAAACAUUUAACACUUAUAGACUUAAGUAACAACCGAAUAAGCACCCUUUCCAAUCAAAGCUUCAGCAACAUGACCCAGCUUCUCACCUUAAUUCUCAGUUACAACCGUCUGAGAUGUAUCCCGCCACGGACCUUUGAUGGAUUGAAGUCUCUUCGGUUACUGUCUCUACAUGGAAAUGACGUUUCUGUUGUGCCAGAAGGUGCCUUCAAUGACCUUUCAGCCUUAUCGCACUUAGCGAUUGGAGCCAACCCUCUUUACUGUGAUUGUAACAUGCAGUGGUUAUCCGACUGGGUGAAGUCGGAAUAUAAGGAACCUGGAAUUGCUCGCUGUGCUGGGCCUGGAGAAAUGGCAGAUAAAUUGUUACUCACAACUCCCUCCAAAAAAUUCACAUGUCAAGGUCCCGUGGAUGUUACUAUUCAAGCCAAAUGUAACCCCUGUUUAUCAAAUCCAUGUAAAAAUGAUGGCACCUGUAAUAAUGACCCAGUUGAUUUUUAUCGAUGUACCUGUCCAUAUGGUUUCAAGGGGCAGGACUGUGAUGUUCCCAUCCAUGCCUGUAUCAGUAACCCAUGUAAACAUGGAGGAACUUGCCAUUUAAAAGAAGGAGAGAAUGAUGGAUUCUGGUGCAGUUGUGCUGAUGGGUUUGAAGGAGAAAACUGUGAAGUUAAUAUUGAUGAUUGUGAAGAUAAUGACUGUGAAAAUAAUUCUACAUGUGUUGAUGGAAUUAACAACUACACAUGCCUUUGCCCACCAGAAUACACAGCUGCUAAUCUGAAUGAGGUGGAAAAAGGUGAGCUGUGUGAGGAAAAGCUGGACUUCUGUGCCCAGGACCUGAAUCCCUGCCAGCAUGACUCCAAGUGCAUCCUGACACCAAAGGGAUUCAAGUGUGACUGCACUCCAGGAUACAUUGGUGAGCACUGUGACAUUGACUUUGAUGAUUGCCAGGAUAACAAGUGCAAAAAUGGCGCUCACUGCACUGACGCAGUGAAUGGUUAUACGUGCAUCUGCCCUGAAGGCUACAGUGGCUUGUUCUGUGAGUUUUCUCCACCCAUGGUCCUCCCUCGAACCAGCCCCUGUGAUAAUUUUGAUUGUCAGAACGGAGCCCAGUGCAUCAUCAGGACCAAUGAACCGAUAUGCCAGUGUUUGCCUGGCUACCUGGGAGAGAAGUGUGAAAAGUUGGUCAGUGUGAAUUUUGUAAACAAACAGUCCUACCUGCAGAUUCCUUCAGCCAAGGUUCGACCUCAGACAAACAUUUCACUUCAGAUUGCCACAGAUGAAGACAGCGGCAUCCUCCUGUAUAAGGGUGACAAAGACCACAUUGCUGUGGAACUCUAUCGAGGGCGAGUUCGAGCCAGCUAUGACACCGGCUCUCACCCGGCUUCGGCCAUUUACAGUGUGGAGACAAUCAAUGAUGGAAAUUUCCACAUUGUGGAGCUACUGACCCUGGAUUCAAGCCUUUCCCUCUCCGUGGAUGGAGGAAGCCCUAAAAUCAUCACCAACUUGUCAAAACAAUCUACUCUGAAUUUUGACUCCCCACUUUAUGUAGGAGGCAUGCCUGGGAAGAAUAACGUGGCAUCAUUGCGCCAGGCCCCUGGGCAGAAUGGUACCAGCUUCCAUGGCUGUAUCCGGAACCUUUACAUCAACAGUGAGCUGCAGGACUUCCGGAAAGUGCCCAUGCAAACCGGGAUUCUGCCUGGUUGUGAACCAUGCCACAAGAAAGUAUGUGCUCAUGGCACAUGCCAGCCCAGCAGCCAGUCAGGCUUCACCUGUGAAUGUGAGGAAGGGUGGAUGGGACCCCUCUGUGACCAGCGAACCAAUGACCCCUGCCUUGGAAACAAAUGUGUACACGGCACCUGCUUGCCCAUCAAUGCCUUCUCCUACAGCUGUAAGUGCCUGGAAGGCCACGGGGGUGUCCUUUGUGAUGAAGAGGAAGACCUGUUUAACCCUUGCCAGAUGAUAAAGUGCAAGCAUGGCAAGUGCAGGCUCUCUGGACUGGGGCAGCCCUACUGUGAAUGCAGCAGUGGAUACACCGGGGACAGCUGUGACAGAGAAAUUUCUUGCCGAGGGGAACGGAUCCGAGAUUAUUACCAAAAGCAGCAGGGUUAUGCUGCCUGUCAAACAACAAAGAAAGUAUCUCGCUUGGAAUGUAGAGGUGGGUGUGCCGGUGGGCAAUGCUGUGGACCUCUGAGGAGCAAGAGGCGGAAAUACUCCUUCGAGUGCACAGAUGGAUCCUCAUUUGUGGACGAGGUGGAGAAGGUGGUGAAGUGUGGCUGCACGAGAUGUGCCUCCUAACUGCAUUUCUAGCAGCUUCCAUCUUUGGCGAAGGUUAUACACUUCUUGACCAUGUUGGACUAAUUCAUGCUUCAUAAUGGAAAUAUUUGAAAUAUAUUGUAAAAUACAGAACAGACUUAUUUUUAUUAUGAUAAUAAAGACUUGUCUGCGUUUGGAAAAAAAAUAAUAAAAGACAUACUUGUACUAAAGCUUCCCCUACACUGGAAAAAGUGUGAAGAAAAGCCACACUCGGAGGCAUUAGUGCAGCAGUGGGGACCAUGGCAACACGGAGCCAUCUUUGGAACAUGCUAAUCCUAGCAGAAGCACAUAUACAAGAGCCUAACAUGGGACUGUACAUUCACACGUGAUUGCCCAGAGCAUAAAACCCAUGACCCCCUUCACAUCAGUGCAGUUCACAAGAACACACCAAGCACAAGCAUCUCAAUGGGACUGUGAGGCAGGGGAAUGGAAACCCAGAAUUUGUAGAUAGAUCCAAGGGAUGAGAAAUAUUUUGUGGAAGAUAUAAAAUGUCCUGCCAUCUGGGUUUCAUUCAGGAGAGAAAUGGGUGUGGAGGGCUGCAAUGUAUUUUAUUGUCUUUGGCAAAGAUACAUAUCUGCAGAAACAGCACACGAAGGUGUUUAUCUACCACUUUCCAGUAUUAAUUUUUGUAAUAUAAAUGAUAAAGGAGAUGAUAAAGAACCAAUAGAUUAUUGAUAAAUAAAAAAUUAGUAAUAAUAUGAAUUUUUGUUUUUAUGAGUUCUAAAUAGCCCUAUACAGUAUUCAUUUUCAACGAGAAAUAUUUAUUGUAUUAAAGUACAUUGUACUUAAGGAUUUAGGUCAUCACUUUGGACUGUUUCUCGAUGCUUUAAUAUAUAUUAAUUUAUAAUUAUCCUGAUAUUUUUGUACAUUUUCAAACUUAAAAAAAUCAGGAUUUUUUUGGCAAUAGAACUAACAUAGGAUGUUAUUUUGGUAUCUUGGGAUAGGUAUAUGUUGUUCUCUUGGCUGACCUCGACAUCUGACCACUGAUGUCACUGACCUGUGGCCUCUUUCAGGACACUUGCAGAGGGUUUGCAAAGGCUAUGAGUAAAGACAGCAAGUGUACCCAUCUGUCAUAUGUCCUCACAGGAGGAAGGAAAUUAUCUGUAGCGAUGGACAAUAGGAAAUAGACCUUUUACAAAUUAAUUAAUUUUUCCCUGCCAUGCUUUGGGGAAGGGGGGAAGAAGAAAGACUGUCAUGUCAAAAACUGUAAUUUUUCUCCAAACAAUAAAACUCCUUGAUUACCUUACCGCUCCCAUGUUAACAAGUUUGCUUCUAAGUGACAUUGUAGAGUUGAUAAUGAUUUAUAGUUGACUGUGCUCUUCCUUCAUGAAAAUCCCAGGGUGCCCUGUGAAGAUGCAGAUGUUUCUUUAAAAGAAAAACUCUUUUUAACAAUGACAAUUAUGCUUUGUCUUUCUACAGACUAAUAUCGGUUACACUACUGAUGUUUGUAAAUUAAAAGAUGUCUACUUCAUUAA